AUGGCUUACACACAAUCAUAUUCGCCAGAAUACCUGGCUGCGAAUCGAAGUCAAAGACUGACCAAUGUGGCUAUUGUUUUCGGUGUCCUCGAGCCAAUAUUCGUUGGACUGUUCUACAUUUCUCGAUGGAAAAGCGGAACAGCCCAUCGCUGGGAUGUGUACCUUAUGCUAUUGGCACUUCCUCUGUGCUUCAGUCAUGUUAUAGUCUCCUUCUUAUUUGUAAGAUAUGCUGGAGAUGGUCAUCAUGUGGUCGCAGUUCCAACGAACGAAAUCAUCAUUUGGCUCAAAUUGACUGUGGUUGAAGAUUUCACCUACGUCGCCUCUUGCACCUUGCCCAAGAUAACCAUUCUUACUUUGUAUCUGCGAAUCUUUAUCGAGAAAUGGCAGCGCUAUUCGGUCUUCGUCGUCAUUGGAGUACUUCUUCUCAACUACAUCGUCUCAAUGUUGUUGAACUGUGUACUUUGCAGGCCAUUUGCCUACAACUGGAACAAAACAAUUCCAGGCGGAUAUUGCAUGGAUAUAAAAGAGAUGUACAUAUGGUACAGUCUUCCGAAUAUCGCGACGGACAUCAUCAUCAUCAUAUUACCCCUUCCGACCAUUUGGGCUCUUCGGAUGUCAAGGAGUCAAAAGAUUGGGGUGAUAAUUACCCUCCUUACAGGUAGUGUCGGAAUCAUUACAGCGAUACUGCGUCUUGUUAUCUUCAUUACCAUCGAUGUGUUCCAAGACAUUACUUGGCUCUCGAUCGAUAUUAUGACAUACACUACAGCGGAGCCCGGCGUUUACCUCAUUGCCGCUUGUCUGCCCUCCCUACGUCCUCUCUUCAAAGGAAUAUUCAAGUCCAAGAAUUUUAGCAUUCAAUCACUUCGCUCUUUGCUUUUCAAAAAGACUCGGACAGACGGUAACUCCUACUGUGUUCCCAACGCCGGAAUAUCAGACAAUAGGUUCCAUCGACUAGACGACUUCACAAAAUCUGCUGCUUUAGGAGAUGGGACAGGAACAAAGGCCACUGUCACCUACUCCAGAGAGAUGGGAAGCGAGGUUACACCGUCGCCGAGCUCAACAAAAGUCGACCUCGAGAGUAGUUGCAACACCACCGAUAUUCGGGUCCAGAGAACUUACUGUCUGUCUUCUGAGGUCGGGAAUGUAGAGCGCGUGAAGGCUCGUGGUGUUGGUUCUGUACUUCCCUACUCAGAAUCACCAUGCUAUUGGUGA